CUGCAAUGGCUCAUCUAGAUUCUGACAUGAAAGAAGAGUGUCUGAGGAAAGACCUGCGGUUCUACUUCAUGAACCCUUGUGAAAAAUACCGAGCCAGGCACCAGAUUCCAUGGAAACUGGCUUUGCAGAUUUUGAAGAUACUCAUGGUCACCGCACAGCUUGUUCGUUUUGGUUUAAGUAACCAGCUCGUGGUUGCUUUCAAGGAAGAAAACACCAUGGCUUUUAAGUAUUUGUUUUUGAGAGGAUAUGCUGGCAUAGAUGAAGAAAACUACAGUUACAGUGUAUAUACUCAAGAGGACGCCUAUGAGAGCAUAUUUUAUGCUAUUAAUCAGUAUCAUCGUCUAAAGAACAUAUCCCUGGGGACCCUAAAUUAUGGAGAAAAUGAAGAGCAUAGAAUUGGCCUAAAAGUCUGUAAGCAGCACUACAAGAAAGGAACCAUGUUUCCCUCUGAUGAGACACUGAAUAUUGACAGUGACAUUGAAACAGACUGCAUUUACUUGGACCUCCAGGGCCUCUCCAAGAACACUGAGGAUUGGAAGAACUCAUCAUUCUUCAGACUGGAAUUUUAUAGGCUCCUACAGGUUGAAAUCUCCUUUCACCUCAAAGGCAUUGACCUGCAGACGAUGCUUUCCCGAGAGUUACCGGACUGUUACGUCUUUCAGAAUACGAUUACCUUUGACAACAAAGCUCACAGUGGCAAAAUCAAAAUCUAUUUUGACAGUGAUGCUAACAUUGAAGAAUGUAGAGACUUAAACAUAUCUGGAUCUGUUCAGAAGAAUGCUCAGUAUGUGCUGGCAUUUGAUUCGUUCGUCAUUGUGAUUUGCGUGGCGUCUCUGAUUCUGUGCACCAGAUCCAUUGUUCUUGCUUUACGCUUACGAAAGAGAUUUCUAAAUUUCUUCCUGGAGAAGUACCAGCGACACGUGUGUAAUGCUGACCAGUGGGAGUUCAUCAAUGGCUGGUAUGUCCUGGUGAUUAUCAGCGACCUCAUGACAAUCAUUGGAUCCAUCCUCAAAAUGGAAAUUCAAGUGAAGAAUAUCACAAAUUACGAUCUGUGCAGCAUUUUGCUUGGAACAUCCACGCUUCUUGUCUGGGUCGGAGUCAUCAGAUACCUGGGUUACUUCCAAAAAUAUAAUGUGCUCAUUUUAACAAUGCAAGCCUCCCUGCCCAAGGUGCUUCGCUUCUGCGCCUGCGCGGGGAUGAUCUACCUGGGUUACACCUUCUGUGGCUGGAUCGUAUUGGGCCCCUAUCACAACAAGUUUGUAGCUCUGAAUACAGUUUCUGAGUGUCUGUUUUCUCUGGUCAACGGUGAUGAUAUGUUUGCAACCUUUGCUCAAAUCCAGCAGAAGAGCGUCUUGGUGUGGCUGUUCAGUCGCCUAUAUUUAUAUUCCUUCAUCAGCCUUUUUAUAUAUAUGAUUCUCAGCCUUUUCAUUGCGCUUAUUACAGAUUCUUAUGACACCAUUAAGAAAUACCAGCAGAAUGGGUUUCCUGAGACAGAUCUUCAGGAGUUCCUGAAGGAAUGUAAUAGCCGAGAGGAGUAUCAGAAAGAGUCCUCAGCCUUCCUGUCCCGCAUCUGCUGUCUGAGGAGGAAAGAAAGUGAUGACCACUUGAUAUUUACUAACUAAAGUCAUUCUGCCAAAGAUAAUCAAGUCCGGGCCUCCUUAUCCAGUGACAAUGCAGAGGGACCCCGAAUGGCUUGACCAGCAUGUCCAACAUACUGAUGCUUAAUGUGGAGUGGGAAAGAGGACUGACUGUCAGCUGGCUGACCACAACUGCAGUUCCAAAGUUCCUUUUUAUACCCUUGGAUGAUGAAGCAUAGACCAUAGGCAAUUACUGGGCAUUAGUGCAAUAGAUUAGUGAUAAUGAAAUUCUUUUAAUUUAUGACAAGACAAUGGUGGGAUGCAAAAAAAUCACAUUUCAAAAUGUGCAAAACAAUGGUGUUUAAAACCACACAUUGAAAGAUGUGUGUUUAUCCUCAAAUAGGGGUUUGUUUUAAAAGUGAUUCUUGGCUUAGAAGACAUUUGUUAAGUCAUGGUCUGCACAGAGAUGAAGUUGGUUGCAAUAUCAAAUUAUAGACUCAAGCUGGAAAUCUAUUCGACCAUUUAAAGAUGACAUUUCAAUCAACAGAAAGACAUUUCUUGGCCUGUUUUCCUGUGAUUUUCUUCAUUAUGAUAUGAAGCAACCACUGGCAUAGUGAGAUGAAUAGGAAACACCUUUCACUUGUGCUAAUUGUUGAUUGUACACAUGACACGUGGAAGUAAACUAUAGCAGAGCUCAUUCAUGUUAGCAAACAGACUCCACCGGGUGGGGAUUUACCCUUGUCAAGCAAGGAGAGAUGGCAUUUUUUACCUAAAUAAAUUUAUUUUUAUCAUAA